AUGGAGGUGACCAUUCCCAAGAGCAAGUACCGGCCCCAAGGCAGCCAGCGGGCUCUGCUUGAGUUUGCCGAUGGUUCCAUGGACACCGACACUUCCGUAAACGUUGGUGAGCUUGUGGUGCCGACAUUCACCGUUGACGGUGAGAAAAACGUGCUUGUCCACCACCUCGCCAAAGUGUGGAACUUCCCGCUGUCGUACCAAUUGAUUGCUAAAUUGGUCAAACGCAGUCCGCUUACCCUCAACGAUUUCGCUCAGACCACUCCCGAGUUGAAUGAACAGCUUGUGGCGCAUAAACUUUUGAAGAAGAAACAACAAGCUCCUCAAUGGUAUUAUGUUCCCUUAAACAAGAUUUAUGGGUCAAUUACCAACUCAGAAGUGUUCACUACUAAUCCCAGUGGCCGUAGUGAAGAUACUGAAGCGCCACCGUUGCCUAGUGGUCCAACAAAGGAGCUGAAGGUGGAAGUGGUUACCGCGGCCCAAGUGUUUCCAGGGUUGGUUACCCCGAUCAAGCCGACGUUUGCUAACUAUAAUUGUCUUACUGAGCUUUCUAAGCUUCAAUUUUAUAAGGAAAGAGGGCUCUAUAAGUUUAUUCCUCCCUCGAAGAUGGUGAGCUUUCAUGAUCGUGAACUUGUGCUUCAAGAUAACCCUGGUCUCUACGAUAACCCUGACUUGGACGCGGUGCUUGACCAAUCAAUCGGUGUUGAUUCGCUGAGUCCAGCCCUGGUUACGCGUCGCAAAAAGCGGGAAAACCUUGGUAUUGACCCUAACUCUCUCGACUUUACUGAGCUGGUAUUAAUGGGCCAAGGCUACUUCCACGAGUUUAAUGUUGGCCACUUGUGUAAAGUGGCCGCUUACUACCCGGAGAAACCCAGUAAGUUUGGUCCUAAGUUGCCUCUGCCUCAAAACGGUGCCGAUACCGAUACUCCCACUUCGAAACAACUUCAACAAUUGGCAAUUGAUACUGGUGACCGUGACACGUUACUGAAAUACUUUUAUCUGAGAGCAAACCGGGGCCCUUCCAGUGCCUAUAAGGACCAAUCUGUGGUGACUCGAAUCACUAAGAUCCCGAUGCUGGUACGUCCUGUGAAACGCACUCACCGCGUGGCUAAACCACCAGCCAACCGAGCUAACCAAAAUAUUAAAGGGUUAGUCCAUCCUCGCUAUAAUAAGGCCGCCGUUGAAGCCAAAUUGGCGUCUCAUCAAGACUACGUCGCCGAUUUUUUAAACAUUGAACACUUACACAAUCUGUUACAGUUCAACGUGUUGCUUAAUCUGUACCGUGAGGUGCUGAGACAAACAAUGGAGCUGUACUACCGGUUUAAGAAGAUCGACUUCGAACAGAUCUACGCCAUGAAAGUGUACCGCGACGAGUUUGAGUCACGUAAAGCUUACGCUAAACAAGUUGAGGAGUGGAGACAAAAGGAACAGGCCCGCAUCAAUCGUGACCGUGCCGAACAAGAAAGAGUACAACGGUUCAAUUACGAAGUAUCGCGUCGUCGCCACGAAAGAAUGCGCCAACAAUUCGACGCUGCCCUCGACGGUCCCGAAUUUCAAGAACAGAGAUUCGUGCCGCUGUUGCCUACGCCGCCUCCGAAACCGCUCCACUCGCUGCACCUUGAGAUCCUCAACAAGUUUACGAUGCCGCUGGUAUUCCCCGAGAUCGUCCACACGUUACCGGCGGAUAAGCGCGACGACCAGGGGCCUAACCCCGACGUGAAGCGUCCCGUGCUGUACGUGGUCACGGUGCCGGACUUGCACAAUCCCGAGCUCGCCAGCCGCGUCGAGAUCGUCAAGAUUCCCAACCCCAACGAGUUUGCCUGGGACAACUUCCGCAAGUUCCGCAGCCAGAUGUAA